AGAAGAUAAAACGACAGAAACAAAAAGAAACAGAUCUAUCGUCACUCUAACUACUGAGAGAGGGAUUCGAGCCGAGAAUAGAGGAAAGUGUUCUCUGACGGUUCGUCGAUGGAACCACCAGUCAUAAUCGGUGCGCUAAUACUAGAUGUUCACGCUAAGCCAUCAACCGCACCAAUCUCAGGAACCACUGUCCCUGGCCAGGUGUUGUUUACGCCGGGGGGUGUAGCAAGAAAUGUAGCUGACUGCAUCUUCAAGCUUGGAGUCAAAUCUUUCAUGAUUGGUACUUUGGGCCUUGAUGGUCCAGCAAAUGUACUAUUGAAAGAGUGGAAGCUCUCUACCGAAGGAAUCUUGAGACGUGAAGACAUCAGUACUCCCAUUGUCUCCCUUGUAUAUGAUACGAAUGGAGAAGUUUCGGCUGGUGUUGCUGGUGUAGAUGCAGUUGAAAAGUUUCUGGCACCUGCGUGGAUCCAGCGGUUUGUAAAAAACAUAAGCUCAGCGCCUGUUCUAAUGCUAGAUGCAAAUCUUAGUACUCUUGCUUUGGAAGCAUCUUGUAAAUUGGCUGCAGAGUACAAUGUUCCUGUAUGGUUUGAGCCCGUGUCAGUCACAAAGUCUCAAAGAAUCGCCUCAAUUGCCAAGUAUACAACGAUAGUGUCCCCAAACCAAGACGAACUCAUAGCAAUGGCCAACGCUCUCUGCGCCAAGAAUAUGUUCCACCCCUAUAAAUUAGAAGAAAACAAGCUGUCCAUUGAAGAUAUGUACCGCGUGCUAAAGCCAGCCAUUUGGAUUCUUCUUGAAAAUGGUGUUAAAGUAGUUAUUGUAACCCUUGGAUCCAAUGGAGCUCUCCUAUGCUCCAAGGGGAACCCGAAAAAGGCUCUGAACAUAAACCGAAAGUUCCCCAAAAGUGGAGAGAUUUUCAAAAGGGUACAUUCUGUAUGUUCACCAGACCUGUUUACUGAACUUGAAUCGUAUCGCAGCUCGAGUCUUUACGCAAUGCAUUUCCCAACCAUACCAGCCAAAGUCAAGAAGCUGACUGGUGCAGGUGAUUGUCUAGUAGGCGGCACAGUCGCAUCACUAAGCGAUGGGUUAGAUAUAAUCCAGAGUUUAGCGGUUGGCAUUGCCUCUGCUAAAGCAGCAGUUGAGUCAGACGACAAUGUGCCUCCUGAGUUCAACUUGGAUCUUGUUUCCGAGGAUGCAGAGUUGGUGUACAAUGGCGCGAAGAUGUUGAUGGUUCAUCAGUCGAUGCUAUGAAGGGAUGAUCUUGUUGUUUCUGAAGGUUUUUGUAGGUUUAGCCACUCUUAGCUUAAACUCUCAUACUUCCUUAAAGUGUUCUUACACACACACAAACAUAUUUAUACUACAUCUUAUUUUAACCUAGCUAGCUUAUCUUAA